UUCCUUUAUAAAUUUCGCCGACAAUCAGAGCCUCUUUCUUCCCUUUCUUUUUUUCCUUUCUUCAAAUCUUCCAACGGAGAGAGAAAGUAAAAAGAAAAAGAAAAUCGCACAAAAUAAACAGAGAGAAAAAGAAAAGAAUAAAAAAAACACAAACUUUCGAAACGAUCGUCUUUCGUGUGAGUGGAAGAUGAAGAAGUGCGAACUGUGUAAGCUUCCGGCCAGGAUUUUCUGCGAGUCGGACCAGGCCAGCUUAUGCUGGGACUGCGACGCAAAGGUUCACGGCGCAAACUUCUUGGUCGCCAGACACUCGCGAACCCUACUCUGCCGUACGUGCCACUCUCCCACGCCGUGGAAGGCCGCCGGAGCCAGACUCUCUAACGCCGCCUCCAUCUGCCACCGCUGCGCCGCCUCCGCCGCAGAAGAACCGGACGAGACCGAAUCCGGCAAUGACGAGGAACCAAGCACGGAGGAUGACGAUGUCUCCGGCGAGGAAGACGGCGAGAACCAGGUCGUGCCGUGGUCCUCCACACCGCCUCCGCCGGCGAGCUCCUCCAGCAGCGAGUGGUCGUCGUUCAGCGGGUGCAAAAACGACGACGACGAAGGUGCUUCUGUUUCCGUAUGUGAACCGGAAACGACAACAUCCUCGUUGAAACGACAACGCGAGAACGACGACGACGGUGUAUCCGGCCGUGAUCCGCAGGGGUUUGGAAGGGUUGCGCAUCUCAACGGAGGUGGCGUAUGACGGAGGAUGAGGAUGAUCGUUGGAGGAGAUUUCAACCACUCGCUACGACGACGUUUCGUGUUGGGGAAAGCAAGAGUCUCUGAACCGUACGAUGGACCAAGAUAUUUUAGCUCUUUCAUCAUUAACUUAUAAUCUAACCGCUUACAAUAGAGUACUGGUUUUUUACUGUAGGAUGAUUAUGAUGUUGUGUGUUUAACAACAAGUUUUCCUUUAUUGGUUUCUAAUUUAAGACAAAGUUAGCAUAUAAUCUUGAUUACUGGAAGUUGUAACCCUUUUAUAUGUCUAAAUAAAAUGUCCGAUUAAUUUUUGAAUUUUUGUAUGGUUUAGUGCAGAGAAUAGAAUUAGAAAGAGUUGAUAAAAGAUUAUAGUUAUAAUUAAGAAAAUGGGAGUGGUUAGCAUUUAGCGGUGGUUAGAGACGUUGGUGAAGGUGUGGCUGUGUGAAAGUGAAGAUUUUUUCUCUUUCCUUAAAAGGGUGUGAGGUGAGAGUUGCUGUGCUAGGUUUGAUGUGCGUGUCAUGUUGUAGGACCUCACAGCACAACCACAACCAAGUGUAGUGUGUGAACAAAAUGAAGAAUAAUGAAAGGUGCAAUGCAUCAAAGAAGCACAUCACUAGCUACUACACAUUUAUGUUUACGUGUACGACUAGGUAGGGCUCAAAUUAGAGAUAAGUGUAAAGUGAACAAACCCCAAUUUCUAAUUGAAUGAAUGAUACAAACUAUAAAUAGAAGGAGUUGAA